AUGGCACCUGGCAGCAGCAGCAUCGACACUGACUCCGCGGGGUCCACCGGCGAGAUUGAGAAGCCGUCGACCUUGUUCGAGCUGACCGAGGACUGGGACGAUACUAUCCGCUUCUACCUCAACGGCACCAAGGUCGCCCUCGAUACUGUUAACCCCGAGGUCACGCUACUCGAAUAUCUGCGUGGGAUAGGCCUGACAGGCACAAAGUUGGGAUGCGCCGAGGGUGGAUGUGGUGCUUGUACGGUGGUCGUUUCUCACGUCAACCUGACUACGAAGAAGAUUUACCAUGCCUCCGUGAACGCCUGUAUUGCUCCGUUGGUCAGUGUUGAUGGGAAACACGUUCUUACGGUAGAAGGAAUUGGCGAUGUCAAGAAUCCCCAUGCGAUCCAGCAGCGGAUCGCGGUCGGCAACGGGAGCCAGUGUGGAUUCUGUACUCCUGGAAUUGUUAUGAGUCUGUACGCGCUCCUGCGCAACGAUCCGACUCCCGAUGAACACGCCGUGGAGGAGGCCUUCGAUGGCAACUUGUGCCGCUGCACUGGAUACAGACCGAUCCUCGAUGCCGCCCAGAGCUUCAACUCCAAGAACAACUGCGGCAAGGCCGCUGCAAAUGGCGGGUCUGGCUGCUGCAUGGACAAGAAUGGCGGCGCGGGUGGCGGCUGUUGUAAGGGGUCCUCGACGCAGAGCGACGAGCUUGGCCCCAAUGAACCGACGUUCCCUAAGCCCGACUUCAAAGCAUACAGCCCGGAUACUGAGCUGAUCUUCCCCGCCUCCCUUCGAAAGCACCAGUUCAAGCCACUGGUAUUUGGCAAUAAGCGGAAGAAGUGGUACCGACCCGUGACGGUGGAUGAAUUGCUGAGAAUCAAGAACAUCCACCCCGAAGCUAAACUGGUUGGCGGAAGUACCGAGACCCAGAUUGAAAUCAAGUUCAAGGCGAUGCGAUACAAGGCCUCCGUUUAUGUGGGCGACAUCCCCGAGCUCAAGACCUUUACUUUCCACGACGACUGCUUGGAGAUUGGCGCCAACGUAACAUUGACGGACCUCGAAGCUAUUUGCGAGCAGGCAGUCGAGAAAUAUGGACCGACUCGAAGCCAGCCAUUCAAGGCAAUCAAGAAGCAACUGCAAUACUUCGCCGGAAGACAGAUUCGGAAUGUCGCGUCGCCAGCAGGUAACUUGGCUACUGCUUCCCCCAUCUCAGAUUUGAACCCAGUAUUCGUGGCGACAAACACUAUCCUCGUUGCCAAAUCUCUUUCAGGCGAUAAGGAAAUUCCAAUGACCGAGUUCUUCCAAGGCUAUCGUAAGACAGCUCUACCCCCGGAUGCGAUUAUUGCCAGCCUCCGCAUUCCUGCUGCCGCAGAAAAGGGCGAACAUAUGCGUGCGUAUAAGCAGGCAAAGAGAAAGGAUGACGAUAUCGCUAUCGUCAAUGCUGCGCUCCGCGUUUCGCUAUCAGACAACUACGAUGUGACAAGCUGCAAUCUAGUGUUUGGUGGUAUGGCACCAUUGACGGUGUCAGCAAAGAAUGCCGAGGCCUUCUUGGUCGGACAGAAGUUCACAAACCCUGCCACCCUGGAAGGCGUGAUGAGCGCUCUGGAGAAAGAUUUCAGUUUGCCAUUCGGCGUCCCUGGUGGUAUGGCUACCUAUCGAAAGUCUCUGGCUCUGGGGUUCUUCUAUCGAUUCUACCACGACGUGCUCUCCGGAAUGGAAGUCAAAGCAUCUGAUGUGGAUCCCGAUGUUAUUGCUGAGAUUGAACGAGCUAUCUCAACCGGCCAAAAGGACAAUGAAGCAUCGGUUGCCUAUCAGCAGAAAGUUCUUGGUCAUGCUCGGCCUCACGUUGCAGCACUCAAGCAGUCAACCGGUCAGGCUCAAUACACCGAUGAUAUCCCGGUUCAGCAAAAUGAGCUGUUUGCCUGUAUGGUUCUGUCGACAAAGGCACAUGCGAAGAUUAUCAGCGUGGAUGCAUCCGCAGCAUUGGAGAUUCCUGGAGUGGUUGAAUUUCUCGAUCACACGGAUAUGCCUACCCCGGAGGCCAACUGGUGGGGAGCCCCUGUCACAGAUGAGGUUUUCUUCGCCGUCGACGAAGUCAAGACUGCUGGCCAGCCCAUUGGUGUGAUUUUGGCCCAUUCUGCAAAGAUUGCCGAGGAAGGUAUGAGAGCCGUCAAGGUUGAAUACGAGGACCUCCCAGUCAUCUUGAGCAUUGAGGACGCAAUCGAGGCCGAGUCCUUCUUUGGUCACUACCGUUACAUCAAAUGCGGUGACACCGAGGAGGCAUUCAAGAAAGCCGAUCAUGUUUUCGAGGGUAUUGCUCGUAUGGGUGGUCAGGAGCAUUUCUACUUGGAGACUCAGGCCUGUUUGGCCAUUCCCAAACCCGAAGAUGGCGAAAUGGAGAUCUGGAGUGGUACCCAGAAUCCCACUGAAACGCAAACAUAUGUUGCUCAGGUAACUGGCGUGGCUGCAAACAAGAUUGUCUCUCGCGUCAAGCGUCUUGGUGGUGGAUUUGGCGGCAAGGAAUCGCGAUCUGUUCAGCUGGCUGGAAUUUGCGCUCUUGCUGCCCACAAGACUCGGCGACCCGUCCGCUGCAUGCUCAACCGUGAUGAAGAUAUCAUCACCUCGGGCCAGCGUCACCCAUUCAUGUGCAAGUGGAAGGUCGGCGUUACGAAGGAAGGAAAGCUUCUUGCUCUGGACGCGGAUGUUUUCGCCAACGGAGGCCACACGCAAGAUCUGUCUGGUGCCGUGGUGGAGCGAAGUUUGUCGCAUAUCGAUGGUGUAUACAAGAUCCCGAAUGUGUUUGUGCGCGGUCGUAUCUGCAAGACAAACACUGUUUCGAACACAGCAUUCCGUGGCUUUGGUGGACCUCAAGGUCUCUUCUUUGCCGAGAGCUACAUUUCCGAAAUUGCUGACCAUCUCAACAUCUCGCAAGAGAAGAUCCGGGAAAUUAACCUCUACGAGCCUGGUGAAACUACACACUUCAACCAGCCUCUCAAGGAUUGGUACGUGCCGCUGAUGUACAAGCAAGUCUUGGAGGAGAGCGACUAUUACCAGCGACGCAAGGCCGUGGAAGAGUAUAAUGCUACACACAAGUGGUCCAAACGUGGCAUGGCUAUUGUUCCAACCAAGUUUGGUAUUUCUUUUACUGCUCUGUUUCUGAAUCAGGCUGGAGCUCUGGUGCACAUUUACCACGAUGGAAGUGUACUUGUUGCUCACGGUGGCGUUGAAAUGGGCCAAGGUCUUCACACCAAGAUGGUGACGAUUACUGCCGAGGCUCUCCAAGUGCCCAUGGAGGAUGUCUUCAUUGCCGAAACAGCCACAAAUACUGUCGCCAACACCUCUGCCACGGCCGCAUCGGCCAGUUCUGAUCUGAACGGCUACGCCAUUUUCAAUGCUUGCGAGCAAAUCAACGAGCGUCUCCGCCCGUACCGUGAGAAGAUGCCCGGUGCCAGUAUGAAGGAACUUGCGCAUAAGGCCUACUUCGACCGAGUCAACCUUUCUGCACAGGGCUAUUACCGUACGCCUGAUAUUGGCUAUGUGUGGCACGAGAAUACUGGCCAGAUGUUCUUCUACUUCACACAAGGUGUGACCGCCUCGGAAGUCCAGAUUGACACUUUGACAGGAGACUGGACUCCACUGCGCACUGACAUCAAGAUGGAUGUCGGACGCACCAUCAACCCUUCCAUCGACUACGGUCAGAUUGAGGGUGCUUACGUCCAGGGACAAGGUCUCUUCACCACCGAGGAGAGUCUUUGGCACCGCGCUUCCGGUCAGAUCUUCACCCGCGGCCCGGGUAAUUACAAGAUCCCCGGUUUCCGUGAUAUCCCUCAGAUCUUCAAUGUCAGUCUCCUGAAGGAUGUGGAGUGGGAGAAUCUGCGGACUAUCCAACGUUCCCGCGGUAUUGGUGAGCCGCCCUUGUUCAUGGGUAGCGCUGUCUUCUUCGCUAUUCGCGAUGCUCUGAAGGCCGCGCGAAAGCAGUGGGGCGUUGAGGAGGUCCUCAGCCUGGUCAGUCCUGCCACACCAGAACGUAUCCGUGUCAGCUGUGCCGAUCCCAUCGUUGAGCGUGCUCGGGUUCAGCCAAGGGCGGGCGAGAAGAGCUUCUUUGUCUCCAUUUAG